AUGUGGUUCCUCAAGUUCAUCGCUCUUUUCGUGAUUCUUCGCCAAUGUGGGGCUGAGACUUGUACGGAGAAAGCAAACUACGUGUUCGAACAUGAACUGGCGUCGAGGAAGCUGGAGGUUGUUGUUGGAUUGGAUACGUAUCAACCAACUGCCUUCAUCGACGGCGAGUUGAGCAAACAAGUUGAAGAUGGAGGAUUCAAGUCAGUUAUCGACAGGUUGUUGUUGUUGGAACGAGAACGAUUUAGAUUUUUGUUGAAGGAAGUGUUCGACAGCUUUGGCAUUGUGGUAAUUCUUUAAUUAUUUGGAAAAUUUUGAGGAAGUUGAGGUGGAUAUUGUUUUAGAAGAGGUGUAGGUAUCACCGUUAGUUUUUUGAUGUUUAGGUUAUUAGAUAUUGGAAUUUUUAUCAUAAAAAGCUUUUCUAUUAGGUUUUUUAUUAUUUUAGUCAGAAAAUUGACGAUUUAUUAGCUUUUUGAGUUAUAAAGUUGAGAUUUCCGUUGGCAUACAUAGGUGAUCUACUAUAAUGUCUUUAUCUUCUUUAUAAUUGAAAAACAGGAAGUUUUAAUUAAGAAAAAUUGUUAAUAUAACAUUUAGUUUAUUGAUUUUGUUAUUUGUUAAAAAUUGUAUUCUAGUUUGUUUAUUUUCAAAUGUGUCUAAUCGAUAUUGUUUUAGGUAUACCCAUCAUUCGUGAACUAUACGAUUUUGGCCGAAACUCUCCGCUAUAAGCACCGCCACUUUUGUGAUGAGAAUGAAAACACUCAAACCUGCUACGAUGUGCUUCAUAAGGUGAAGAAAGCUUAUGAAUCUUCAGCUGAAACUCAAUUGUUAAACGUCACUAGACUUUUGAAUGGAACUUUGCCUCAUCUGGAGGACAAAACCUUUUUCGAGAUUCCUUCUGGCACCUGCACCAAGCCAUUGAAGUCUGAACUCUUAAAGAAUGAGACCCAACUCACUGGCCAACAAAUCGUUCUUCAUUACAACUUGUUCUGCGCCGAGAAGUUCUACAAGAAUUGCCGUGCCACCGGGUUUAUCAACAUGUUCUUGGGAGGUAGCGAACGAUUGUGUCUAGAUAAGGAUUGUUACAAGUUUGGUAGUUGUCGUGAAGUUCAGGGCAUGAAUGUUUGUGUUAAUUAA